GCAUCUCUCCUCUGUCUAAGGACAGUUAUCGUUCAUAAGGUAACAUUUUGUUUUGGAGCACAUGAGAAACAAAAUCCAAAGAAGAAGAAUUAUUUUUAUUGCAGUUUUUUUUUAUAUAGAUUUUUGUCAGCCUAAAAAAUAUAUAUUUCUCACCUGUGCUUUGACCUUAACAUAUAUUUACAUGAUGUGGACUUUCCUGGGAAUAGCGAGCUUCACAUAUCUUUAUAAAAAGUCUCACACAGUCUUGACUUUUGCUCCCAAAGAGCUUGUGAUGGCCGCAGCUUUGUUUCUGACAGCCGGGCUGCUGCUCUCAUAUGUCAGGUACUUUCAUGACCAGAAGCUCAGAGUCUCUCAGGUGCUUCACUUACCUCUGAGCCUGCUGUCUUUCGUACCUGUUCUCAACAACUUCAUCCCCCAGAGUUCAACGCAGAGCAGCGAGAAAGGAGAGGGCAGCUGUAAAAAGAGCCGUAGAACAAGGAAGAGAGUGGAUGUAAAGUCCUCUCCCUCACAGAGUACCUCAGAUAGUGGCUCCUCAGUGGCCCCGGAGGCAGAUGUGGUAAUAGUCGGGGCCGGAGUCCUGGGCUCAGCUAUGGCGGCCGUACUAGCCCGGGACGGGAGGAGGGUGACGGUGGUGGAGAGAGACCUGAAGGAACCUGACAGGAUAGUGGGGGAGCUGCUGCAGCCUGGAGGAUACAGAGCACUCAGAGAGCUGGGACUGCAAGGUACAGUGGAGGGUCUGGAUGCCCACCUGGUCAACGGCUAUGUGAUCCAUGACAUGGAGAGCAGCGCAGAAGUGGAGAUCCCUUACCCUCAGGCCGAUGAAAACAUCCAGUGUGGACGCGCUUUCCAUCACGGUCGAUUCAUCAUGGGCCUGAGGAGAGCUGCGCUGGCUGAGCCAAAUGUCACAUUCAUAGAAGGCACGGUGAACACUUUGCUGGAAGAGGACGGCUGUGUAACCGGACUCCAGUACAAAGAUAAAGAAACUGGAGACAUCAAGGAAAUCCACGCAUCACUGACUGUUGUGGCCGAUGGCUGUUUCUCCAAAUUCAGAAAGAGUCUGGUGUCUGGGAAAGCUCACACCUCCUCUCACUUUGUUGGAUGCCUUAUGAAGGACUGUCCCCAGUUUAAAGCCAACCACGCUGAGCUGGUCCUUGCCAACCCGAGCCCGGUGCUCAUCUACCAGAUCUCCUCCACACAAACCAGAGUGCUUGUGGACAUCAGGGGGGAGAUGCCUCGCAACCUCUCAGAGUACAUGGCUGAGAAGAUCCAGCCACAGCUGCCAGAGCAUUUAAAGGAGCCUUUCAUGGUGGCCCUGCAGAACGAUCGACUCAGGUCCAUGCCUGCCAGCUUCCUCCCUCCUUCCCCUGUCAACAAGCCAGGCGUGCUUCUCCUGGGCGAUGCGUACAACAUGAGGCAUCCUCUGACGGGAGGAGGGAUGAGUGUGGCUCUCAACGACGUUCGCAUCUGGAGAAAUCUGCUCCAAAACAUUCCAGAUCUGUACGACGACGGGGCCAUGCUGCAGGCAAAGAAAAAAUUCCACUGGGAACGCAAGUCAUCACAUUCUUUCGUGGUGAAUGUGUUGGCCCAGGCCCUGUAUGAGCUGUUUUCAGCCACCGACAAUUCUCUUCAUGAGCUGAGAAGAGCCUGUUUCCAGUACUUCAAGCUUGGCGGACAGUGCGUUGCGGGCCCUAUUGGACUCCUCUCAGUGUUGACACCCAAACCCAUGACCCUCAUCGGACACUUCUUUGCGGUGGCACUGUACGCAAUCUACUUCAACUUCAAGUCCGAGUCAUGGCUCACCAAACCUCGAGCUUUAUUUAAGAGCGGAGCCAUCCUGUACCGAGCCUGCACGGUCAUGUUUCCACUCAUCUACUCUGAACUCAAGUACCUGGUGUACUGAGGAGCACUUUGGACACGGAAAGACCAAACUCAGUUUGUCUUUACAGACCUACAGCUUAUUUGAAAGCAGAAAAAGAAACUCACAAGAAGUUUGUAUUUGUCAGCAGUUUCUAUGUUUGCCUUCCUGCUGAAAAUGGCACUGUUAUCAUUGUAAUAAUGAUGAUGAUGAUUUCCACAGUGUGUCCCUGCUGUACUGAAGAUGUCAUUGUCUAAAUGUCUAACUUAAUGCCUUAUUUUAAUUGGACAUAUUAUGCAACAAUGCCUUGGUGUAGCCCUGUAUGUGCUCACCCACACACUCUGGCCUAUAUGCUCGAGGAUUGCAACAUACGGUGUGUUAACUCGCACCCGGAUUUACACUCAAUAUUUUAAAUUUGGGGAUUUUCCUGCCAAACAGAACUGCUAUGUGGAACAUGGCAUCUGAAUUUUAUAAUAAUGAUUUUGCAAUAUAGCCACUUUUUGUGCUGUUUAUUUUCCUGUUGAGCUACGUUGGACUGUAUUUAAUAUGGGAAUUAAAGGCUCAGUGUGCAAGAUUUGUGGGCAAUUAUGACCAGAAUAUGGCUGAAAUGGAAAUAAGUAUGUUUUCAUUAAUGUAUAAUCAGCUGAAAAUAGGAAUUGUGAUCAUGUUGCCGUAGAAUGAGCCCAUUUUAUACACAGAGGGAGUGGGACUUUACAUCAAAGUCUGUCAUUUCUCUAGCAGCCUAGAACUGUAGUUUUUUCUACUUGCACAGAAGGGGAGGGUGAGGCGAGCUGGUUGCAAUCUGUAACUUGACUGCUAGAUACCACUAAAUCUUACACACUAAAUUUGAAUCUGAAGCACUUGAUGUCAAACCAGCAAGCUGUAAAUGAUCUGAUGCUGUUUUAUACAAAGCUGAGUAAACCUUCAGCCUCCUUUUGUUUGUCACACACAUUGUUUACUGUAAUGAUCAUUUCCUGCCUUCCUGAUGUUCUUCUUCUUUACAUUUUGCCAUAAGGAACUUUUUGUAUCACACUUUGGCUCCUACAGCCAGUCUUAAAACAUGCUGACACUGCACCUGACAAAACUAUAAACCCAGAAACCCGAGAAUGAUCCCAGCACUAUUUUAGUCCUGCUGGAUGUCAGUGAAUAGCUGAUACAGCAUGCUGCCUGGGGGAAGUUUGGGUUUGACUUGGACCUGUGAUAGAAGGAGCGAUCAUAUCAGGACUUAGUCAGUGGAUGAAGCUCAGGUGUAGUUUGUCCUGGGCUGACACAGACAAGGAACCCUUGAGCUGUAAUUGACCACAGCGUCCUGCACUGUCGUGUCUACCUGUGCCUGAUGUGGACCUGAUGAGCCUUUAAAUAAAUCAUACAUGACAAA